AUGGAUGGAUCCGCAGGGUCUCGCAAACGGAGGAAGUUAUCCGCUUCCCAGGCAGCACCCUAUGUUCUACGUCAAUUGCUCGACAAUGUCCCGAUAGAGCCGGAGAGCGUCGAAGCGGACGUUCAUAUUACAUGUGUAGAAUUCUGGAGUGAGUAUGACGUCCUCAGUUUUUUACGAGAAGAGCUAACAUUGAUGUUCGAAGACGACAACCUGUAUAUAGGCACCUCCGCGGCUGAGAUCCUUCACUUUGUGUCCAUACCGCCAGAACCCACUGACGAAACCAACGAGCCCACGUUCAUCCUAGCAUCGCGAUUGCAGAUAACCGGAAAAGCGAAGAAGAAAAAUGGAAUCCAGCAGAUUUUACUACUUCCCACCGUUUCCAAGGCUUGUGUUUUGUGCAACGGUGUUGUCACCUUUUACUCGUUGCCUGAACUGAGUCCCGCCUUUGAAAACACCAAAGUGAGCAGUCAAUGGAUCGGGGGUGUGGACUUGAAUCAAAAUGAGACGGAUAAUGCGGCCAACAAACCGGUCAUCAUGAUCGCACUCUCCGAUCGUUUAAUGCUUGUUCGAAUCGGAGACGUAGCGCAUAGGCUUAGGUAUAUUGAAUUCCCAGGGUGUCUGGUAGGUGCACGGCGAGACACGAUCGCUUGUGUUGCCGAUGGAACUGCAUAUUCAUUGUUGGAAGUUGAACAUCAGCAAAAAAUUCCCCUUUUCCCUAUCUCUUCGACGAGUGAAGUUUUCGAGUCUGGUCAUGUCGAGGAUAUACCACAAUCGACAUCAAACCUCAAACGCUCUUCUUCCACAAGUCACGCCAAUUCAAAGGCUGACAAGAGAAGCGAACAUAGUAGAAGUACCAGUUUGAAUACGUUCGCAGGAGGACUGGGUGCCAAUAAUGAUAGCUUACAUCCCAGUCUAAACGAUCGUUCCAACAAUUCGACUCCUGGUCCGUCGGACAAUGAUACGCCUCGGAGGUCUGUUUCAAGAGAUCGGCGUGACAUUGAUACAUCGAAGGACUUACCCACACCUCCAAAAGAAACUGCAGAAGACAAGCAGAAGCCGCUGCCGCCAGCUCCCAAGCUAGGCAUUGCUAGCCUAAAACCGCAUAUAGUCUCCCCAACGCCGUCAGAGUUCCUUCUGGUUACUGGCACCCAGGAAAGUGAGCCUGGAGUUGGCAUGUUUGUCAAUACAGACGGCGAUGUUGUUAGGGGCACAAUUGAGUUUCAACGGUACCCAGAAGCCGUUAUUGUCGAUGCUCCAUCCGAAUCCCAUCACAGCUCUGGAAAUCCAGGUUCCUCCGAAGGAUACGUUCUCGCUAUCAUUAACUUGAAAGAGGAAGACAGCGUCAACAAGUACCUUGAAAUACAGCGAUGGGAUGUUGAACCAGGAGAGUAUGGACGUCAGAAAACCCUGGUGCAAAUACCGGCUGUAGACGGAUUCGAGAUUGCCCACGUUGGUAUUAAACAUACAACCAGUUCAAGCAAGCUUGAUUUCUAUGAGCUUGGAGAGACUCUUCGAUUGGUCAGGUUGAAAACGCCGCAUACUGGAGAAGAUGCCCCUGAGGAGACUGACCCACGGACCAAUGCAACCAUUGAACAGGUACGCAAAGAGAAAGAACUGUUCGAGUCUCAGGAGCUGACAGAUUCCGAAUCUGGCAAAAAGGCGGGGUCUACACAAACGUUGGAACUGGAAAGGACGAAAGAGGAGUCUGCCUUUGCCCAUCGUCUUGGAUAUAUUCAAACUCAUUUGGUUUUGUGGUCUGGAAAUCGGAUUUGGAGAGUCACCAAGAAUCCGUUACCUUUACAACUGGACGGGCUUCUUCAGAGUGCGCAGACAUGGGAGGAAGGUCAGUUCAAAUCAGUUGAUAGAGAUGCGGUUAUUGAUCUACUGAACUCCAUCAAAUCUACUGAUCCUACGACUGAAGCCGAAUUCUAUGGUCUGGAAUAUAUCAAACAGAAAGCUGGCUUGAUCCUUUUCGCAGACCUACUUGCAAUGGACCCCAACAAUAGAAGCGAGAGUACAAUACGUGUCACUGAAGAAGUCCUUGUGGAAAGCAACUUAGACCCUCGCCUUAUUCUAUUUAUGGUCCCCUUUCUAGCGGAGGAGGUCCUUCAAUCAAAGAAAGGAAUCUGGGUUCACCGAGGCCUGGCUCGCGAAGCGGAAUUCUACCUAGACCAUUUGGCCGAGUCAAAAGCUAUGCCUGACAUUCCUGAUGAAGCGUUGCUAAAUAUGGUGAAACGUUAUCUGAGUGCUUGGCAGAGAAAAAGAGGUUACGGGAGUGUGACGGACGAAUCAAACGUAUUUGAUAGUGUUGACGCAGCUCUACUGCACUUAAUCUUGGAGCAAGAAGCGCGACUCAGGAGAGCGUCCCAGCCAGUGACAAGAGCCACCCGCAACGAGUUGAACGGACUGGUAGAUGACUGGAAGGGAAAUUUUGAUCGCGCGGUCUCACUAUUAGAGCGGUACCAUCGACUUUUUAUUCUCAGCCGACUCUAUCAAAAACGCAAAAUAUACGGAAAGGUACUCCGAACCUGGCAAAGAAUUGCCAAUGGGGAGAAAGAGGAUGACACAGAUAUUACGAUUGCCGUAGUGGAAGUGCAUGUCCGAAAAUAUCUUCCCAAAAUACGCGAUCCGCAACUGGUUGAGGAAUAUGGAUCAUGGCUGGCAUCGCGGAACCCUAGCUUGGGUAUCCAAGUGUUUUCGGAUGAUAGUGCAAAGGUCAAAUUGGAACCUGACAAGGUGGUACAACUGUUGAAGAAGCGAGCGCCAGAUGCCGUUCAGGAUUUUUUGGAGCAUCUUGUUUUUUCCAAGAACCAUACUCAAUAUGCAGAUGAUCUCAUUGCAUACUAUCUCGACACGGUCAUCAAUGUCCUCCAGGCAUCUUCUGAAGCACGCAUAUCUCUCAGGGAGUCAUAUUCUACAUACCGUGCCCUACGACCGCCUAAGCCUACGUAUCUUACUUUCAUCAACGAAAAUGCACCACAAGAGAGCUGGUGGCAGUCACGUUUGAGACUCUUACAGUUAUUGGGCGGACCCAACACGGUUUUUACGUCUAGUACUGGGGCCAGCAAUCUGUCCUACUCUGUUUCGGCCGUACUUGCCCGUAUCGAGCCUUUUCAGAAUGAGUUGGUGUCUGAAAGUAUUAUUCUAGAUGGCCGUCAAGGGCGACACAAAGAAGCAUUGCGUCUUUUGACUCAUGGACUCGGGGAUUACGAUUCCGCAAUUCGAUACUGUAUUUUUGGCGGAAUAUCAAGCUCUCAACCUGCAGCUACGAUUUCUCUACCGCCACCUUCCGAUGAUGUUGCAUAUACAGAGCCGGCCUUGUUAUUCAAGCAUCUGUUGUCGGAAUUUCUUCAGAUUGAAGAUGUAUCCGACCGAAUUGAGAGGACCAGUGAUUUGCUGGCUAAAUUCUCACGCUGGUUUGAUGUUAAUGAGGUCCUGGCUACAGUUCCUGACGAUUGGAGCGUUGAUAUUCUCAGCGAAUUUCUUGUACAUGUUUUCCGGGAUCUUGUCUCUCAAGGAAGAGAGACAAGAGUACAAAAGGCGCUGAGUGCUAGCCUUAACCUUCGGGUCAGCGUCGAGUACUCGGAAGACGUGGAGAAGCGGGGAGGCUGGAUCGAAGAUGAUCAAGGUUUGAGGAGUCUGAAGGUGGCUGUACCUGGUCAAACAGACGACGAUGCUGAUGAUUUUGGGGAAAUGAUUGAUGCGAGGUAA